AUGAGAGCCGAGGAGGGCUGGAAGCGCUUACGUCAUCCACGAGGUAUCGCGAGAGGGAGAGGCCGGGCAUCCCUCUCGCGCCCAAUUCAGGUGUACGUCCAAGCAGUUCUCAGAGGCGAGUUCUGGCCGGGCUGUUGCGUUUUAUUUUUUCUGCUCACGAAUCGCCCUCCUUACUGGAAUUUGGAAUCGAGUUUUCUGAACCGGGGAUUGCUUGGAGAGAAAACUGGUCCUAGAGGAACUGGACUGACCGUAGAAAUGAGUCCUGCAGAUGCCCUUGACGAUGAAAAUACAUUUAAAAUUUUAGUGGCAACUGACAUUCAUCUGGGAUUUAUGGAGAAAGAUGCAAUCAGAGGAAACGAUACAUUUGUCACACUUGAUGAAAUUUUAAGGCUUGCCCAGGAAAAUAAAGUGGACUUUAUUUUGUUAGGUGGUGAUCUUUUUCAUGAAAAUAAGCCCUCAAGAAAAACAUUACAUACCUGCUUGGAGAAAUUAAGAAAAUAUUGCAUGGGUGAUCGUCCUGUACAGUUUGAAAUCAUCAGUGAUCAGUCAGUCAACUUUGGUUUUAGUAAGUUUCCGUGGGUGAACUACCAAGAUGACAAUCUCAACAUUUCGAUUCCAGUGUUUAGUAUUCAUGGCAAUCAUGAUGAUCCCACAGGGGCAGACGCGCUCUGUGCCCUGGAUAUUUUAAGUUGUGCUGGAUUUGUAAAUCACUUUGGACGUUCAAUGUCUGUGGAGAAGAUAGACAUUAGUCCAGUUUUGCUUCAAAAAGGAAGCACAAAAAUUGCUCUGUAUGGCUUAGGAUCCAUUCCAGAUGAAAGGUUAUAUCGAAUGUUCCUCAAUCAAAAAGUAAAAAUGUUGAGACCCAAAGAAGAUGAGAACUCUUGGUUUAAUUUGUUUGUGAUUCAUCAGAACAGGAGUAAACAUGGAAGUACUAACUUCAUUCCAGAACAUUUUUUGGAUGACUUCAUUGAUCUUGUAAUCUGGGGCCAUGAGCACGAGUGUAAGAUAGCUCCAACCAAAAAUGAACAACAACUCUUUUACGUGUCCCAACCUGGAAGUUCAGUGGUGACUUCUCUUUCCCCAGGAGAAGCUGUGAAGAAACACAUUGGCUUGCUUCGGAUUAAAGGAAAGAAGAUGAAUAUGCAGAAAAUCCCUCUUUGCACAGUCCGGCAGUUUUUUAUGGAGGAUGUUGUUCUGGCUGAUCAUCCAGACAUUUUUAAUCCAGAUAAUCCUAAAGUAACCCAAGCCAUACAAAGCUUCUGUUUGGAGAAGAUUGAAGAAAUGCUUGAAAAUGCUGAACGGGAGCGUCUGGGAAAUGCUGGACAGCCAGAUAAGCCUCUUAUACGACUGCGAGUGGACUAUAGUGGAGGUUUUGAACCUUUCAAUGUUCUUCGCUUUAGCCAGAAAUUUGUGGAUCGAAUAGCAAAUCCAAAAGAUGUCAUCCAUUUUUUCAGGCGUAGAGAACAAAAGGAAAACAAAGGAGAAGAGAUCAACUUUGGGAAGUUCAUUACAAAACCUUCCGAAGGAACAACUCUAAGGGUAGAAGACCUUGUAAAACAGUAUUUUCAAACUGCAGAGAAGAAUGUGCAGCUCUCACUUCUAACAGAAAGGGGGAUGGGCGAAGCAGUACAAGAAUUUGUGGACAAGGAAGAGAAAGAUGCCAUAGAGGAAUUAGUGAAAUACCAGUUAGAAAAAACACAGCGAUUUCUUAAAGAACGUCAUAUUGAUGCCCUAGAAGAUAAAAUUGAUGAAGAGGUACGUCGUUUCAGAGAAAGCAGACAGAAAAAUACUAAAGAAGAAGAUGAUGAAGUCCGAGAGGCCAUGAGUAGGGCCAGAGCCCUCAGAUCUCAGGCAGAGGACUCUGCUUCCGCCUUCAGUGCUGAUGACCUCAUGAGUGUAGAUCUGGCAGAACAGAUGGCCGAUGACUCCGAUGGUGGCAGCACAGCAGCAGCCAGCCAAGGAAGAGGCCGAGGAAGAGGCCGAAGAGGAGGAAGAGGACAGAGUUCAGUGUCAAGAGGAGGGUCUCAGAGAGGACGAGCAGGCACUCGUCUGGAAACUUCUACUCGAAGCAGAAGUUCAAAGGCCACUAUGUCAACAUCUAGAAAUAUGACUAUUCUGGAUGCCUUUAAAUCUGUAAGACAGCAGCCCUCACGAAAUGUUGCUACUAAGAAUUAUUCAGAGAUGAUUGAGGUGGAUGACUCUGAUGAAGAAGACCUGCUUCCUACCACUUCAAAAACAGAUCAAAGGUGGCAGAACACAUCAUCAUCAUCAUCAAGCAAGCCCGCAUCCCAGAGCCAAACAAGUAAAGGGGUCAAUUUUGAAUCAGAUGAGGAUGACGAUGAUGAUCCAUUUAUGAACAUUAGUGCUUUAAGAAACAGAAGAUAAUAGAUUUAAUGGCACUUUGAAGUUUUCAAGAUUCAGGAAAAAUCAAAAUGGUACAAGCUAAGAGUUUACAGUUGAAGAUUUUUAAAGGAUUGCUGUUAACUGAAAAAUCUGAAAGGAAUGUACUUAACAGAGAAACUAAUGUAUGACAAUUUCAAUUUUUGGGUAUCAUUUCCUGAAGUGGCUCCAUUACUUGAGAAACAUCCCAGCUCAAGGACAUAUAAUAUAGCCUUAGUUUCCUUCAUUUUAUAUUCUGGUUGUUAACAUUACCUGGAAAUGCUCUAUAAUAUUUAGACUGUUAUUUUCCCGACAUAUAUUAGUGUAUGUCUUAGUGAGAAUGUUGCUUAAAUAUUAAUCUUGAAUAAGGAUUAAAAUAAAUAUGCCAUUAUACAUUUCUGCUUCACAGUCAGUCUAUAUUGGUCUUUCAAUGCAGUUAUAUUUAGCUGCAAUUGAGAAAAAGAUUUUAUAAAUUUAACCUCUUUAUAAUUUUAAUAAUUUAUAGAGAUUCUUGAUGUGCUGUGAAACUGUGCUGAGCUUGCUGUUUGUUACUGAGUGUGUUCUCUUCCUAGUGCUAGUGGUAGUGUUAGCCACGGGGAGUUUGAAUGGUUCAGAUGUACCUCAUACCUUGAGUAAUUAGUUAGAAAUUAAUAUUAAAUAAUAGAACAAUCAACCAGGAUGACUGACGUUUUUAUUUCAGUUGUAGCAAAGACUUUAGAAGAUUGUGUUCCCUUUGGGUGGUAGCAGUUUUCUCCAUUCUUUCCCAUUCUUUAUGGUUCUCUCUUUCUGUCUCUCUCUCAUCUGUUUCUAGGAGGAAAAGAAAGUGUGUUAAAAGGCCCCUGAGAGUAUUCCUUCCCUUCACCUGUGAUGCAGUUAUAGUUAAAGACCCCCGUGGAAGUUGUAGAUGGCAGAACAGCAGCCUGACAUUUUGUCCCAUGCAGAAACAAACCCUUGCCUGAGCAGUAUUCAUGUUCAUUGGCAUAGUCAGACCUGGAAUGUGUCAAUUAUAGAAGAACAUUUGCAUAGUGGCUGCCUUUCUAUUAUGCCUCUGAAAUGGCCUCGAUAAAGAAUUGUGAUGUAGCACUCUAAUGAGUUUCUUUAGAAACAUUUUCUCUACCUAACUUGAGCAUGAGGAUUAAUUUUAGCAGGCAUCAUUAAGUCACUGGAAGGCACUGUGAAAUAUUCUCAGGCACCUCUCCCCACAUCUGUAAUAUUCCAAGUGUUUGAGUGAAGCCAAGGUGAAAUGGGAACGAGAGUUGCUCUCAGUGAUGGCAUGGAUGCUAGUUUGGAUGGCAGACCCCUGCCCAGGCCAGCAUCUACUACUGGCUCUACUUGCCUGCCUCUGAGACAUGCUUGGGUGAGGCUCAUCAUGAGGGAGGUGGCCACUGAAGCAUCCUGACAGGGUUCUGGGGAAAAAGAAGAAGGCUUUCUCUCUGUCUAAAAACUUCCUCUGAGUGAGAAAGAGGCACAAAAUGCGAUGCAAUUAGCUGAGAGGUAAAAUUCCCUUGAAUUGGUCACUAGUGUGUCACUUGCUGGAAAUAAUGAUAAAUAAAACAUGAAAGAAAAACUGCUGAUUAACUUGUUGCACAGUUAAAUAUGCCAUCUAUCCUUGAUGUUCUGUAUUGAUAGGGUCCGAUUUAGGGGCUUGGAGACAGUUUUAGACAUGUCAGUACAGGUGUGUGGAGGUGAUUCCAGAUGAUUGGGGAGCAUCAGCAGAAGCUCUUGGAGGCUGAGAGCAGCGAUGAAAACAUACUGAGGGGAAAAAAUCCAUCAUUUACCAGAGAGUGCAUCUCUUUCUGGUGUUUUGUUCCCUAUCAUAAAAAUACAAGAGUGCAUUCACAAGGUUAUAGAUGCACUAUGGUUUUAGGUAAUACAAUUGGUGCUUAGAAAAUUCAAGCAUGUAGACAUGUAAUUUUUAAAUUUAGAUACAUACACAUUUUCUAAACUUUUAACAUUGCAAAAUAUAACAACGGAAAAAUCGUGGUUUAACAAAUAAGUGUAAAGUGAGCCCUUACGGCGUCUCUGCAGCUCAGGAGAAGGGACAUCACUGUGGGGAAGCUGGCGGAGGGAGCUCUCUGAGUGCCUUGACUUCUGUAAUUCAGAAGCCUUUUUGCCACAAGGGGGUGUUUCCACCAUUAGAUGGCCGGUUGAAGAUGCAACUGCAAAUCUAAAAU